UGGAGCUCAUCGGAGCCGCCAAGAGCCUCCUGGCCUGGCUGGACAGUACGCCCCUGACUGGGAUCAGUGACUUCACCACCACCAAGAAUAAGAUCAUUCAGCUGUGUCUGGACCUCACCACCACAGUUCAACAGGACUGCACUGUUUACGAGAUGGAGGAAAAGAUCCUGGAAGUUUCCAAGGUCCUGAACAGCAUCUGUGACCAGACCAUGAGAACAACCUCUGACCCUCUGAUGAGCCAAUCAGCAUGCUUGGAUGAAGUUCUGCUCAACAACAUCAAGCCUGGGGAGGGACUGGGUAUGUACAUCAAAUCCACCUAUGAUGGACUUCAUGUCAUCACAGGGACCACAGAGCAUUCCCCSGCAGACAUGACCAGGAAGAUCCAUGGGGGUGAUGAGGUGAUCCAGGUCAACCAGCAGACAGUGGUGGGUUGGCAGCUGAAGAACCUGGUGGGGAAGCUGAGAGAGGACCCUAAAGGUGUAGUCCUGCUGCUGAAGAAGAGACCUACAGGCACCUGCGGGUUCACACCUGCCCCUCUCAAGAACAUGCGCUGGAAACCGCCCAUGGCGCAGAGUACUCCUUCCCUGAACAAAACCCAGUCUCCAGGCUGUUCCACAGACAGCUCCACCAAGGAGAAACCAGCCAUCCUGGACCUGUACAUCCCCCCUCCCCCCUCAGUACCCUACACCCCACGAUGUGUACCCCUAGAGAGUAAGAUCAGCUCGUACUCGAGCAUCAGUAAGAUCAGACCAAAGGGUUCGGAGUCGCCCAACUCCUUCCUGGACCUGGAGAGUCGAAAACGCUUCACCAUCGCAGACUACGAGAAGAUGGGCGUGGCCUACCCCAUCGAGGCCAAUGUAAUUCAGCCCAGGAUGAGGGAACGCAUCACCUCAUCUCGUGGUAAGCCCCGCCCCCUCUCCAUGCCAGUGGACACCUGUCUUGGAGUGGCAGACACCUAUGCCAAGCCCUGGACACAAGGCCGGAAAGGCGAGGAUCUCCUGUACAGAUACCUGAGCAACGAGCGGAUCCCCACCAUUGCUGAGGAGGUCCCAUUAGUGGCGCCGCCCUACAGGCCAGUGGGGGAAAAGCAGCUGGUCCGAGGGGUGGACCACAUCCGGGGCAGCCGCUACUAUGCCAACCAGGACCUCCACAACAGCGCCACCAUCCCCUACCAGGACCACGACCUGGGCAGCAAAAAGACCCCCGUAGCCCCCGCCUCCAAACGCCCCCCGGCAGAGCCCUCGCUACUGGUGUCCGACUGGUGCUCCAGCAGUGGCUUCAACAGAUACAGCCAACCUCAUAUUCGAACCUGGUCCUUCUCUCAAGCGGCUGCCUUCCCUAUAUCUCUGGCUCCCUCCAUGUCAGGUGAUGACUACAACCCUGUUUCCCUGAGACAGAAACCCAAGAGGAAGACUCAAGGAGGCAAUGUGGCAAUGAGCAGACGGAGGGUCUCGGUUAAAGAGCUGGGGAAGCCGGACUACCAGGGCUGGCUCUACAGGAAGAAAGAAGGGAAGGCCUUACUGGGUUUCAAAUGGAAAAAGUACUGGUUUGUGCUGAAGAAGACUUCCCUGUACUGGUACACUACUCAACUGGCAGAGAAAGCAGAGGGAUACAUUAACCUGACUGACUUCAUCAUCGACAGAGCAUUGGAGUGCAAGAAAAAAUAUGCCAUCAAAGCAUGUCACCCGCAAGUCAUGAUUUUUUACUUUGCAGCUGAUACCUACGAGGUGAUGAACGUUUGGUUGAAUAAGCUUGGGCUUGCUUCAAUACAAUACGAACCAACAGAGAGCAACACUGCUGAGUGCUACAGUGAGGCAAGUGAUCACGAGGAGGCUGAGACGACAGAGGCUCCCCCUCCCCCAUACUCUGAGCAGAUGAACCAGGGCUCUGUGGAUGGUCCACCUGGCAGUGGAKAUCAGGGUACCCUCCCUCCCCCCUACUCCUCCCCCCUUCCCAGCGAGACCAAUGGCUCCUUCUCCUCACCUGUCAGCACAAUGACAUCACAGAGUUCCGUGUCCUCACUGGCCAAGCAUCGUCAGUCAUGGCUGGACCUUGUCUCGCAGGCCUCUCCUGUUGUCGGGGAAACGGUGGUGUGCUCUGUGCAGGUCCACACACAUCGGCCCCCACAUACUCAAGAGAACGAGGGGCCCCUACAGCACCACCAGGAGGCUUCAUCCUACCAGGACCCUCCAGGGAGCACAGCCAGGGAGGAGGACUUUAACCCCAGGGAGCAGACAGAGGAGGUGGCUGUGCUAGAAAUAGGGACAGAAGAUGUGAACCAUGAAGCCACAGCUGAUGAGAUGGAGAGACUGUACAUCCACAUCAAGCAGGCCAACCUCUCUCCCAUAGGAGACCGCAAACCAUCCACCAAGAGGGACUUCAGAGCCUCCUUUAUAAAGAGAUGCAAAAACCAGGACAUUAACGAGAAACUGCACCUCAUCAGGACCCUCAACAGCACGCUAAAGGCAAAGGAGGCAGACCUGUUGACCAUUGAGCAGGUGCUGUCAGAACCCACCCCCUCCAGAUUCAGGGAAUGGAAAAAAGUCAACACACCUCUGCUCCAGGAGAUCUGUCUCAAGCAUGGACACCAGGUGGCAGCAGAGGUAGAGCCCUCCGCAGCAGCAGCCAAUGCCAUUGCUGUCCCCUUUGUAGAGACCAGUUUAUAAUGGAGUAGGAUGAAGUUGCCCCUAAACACUGAUCUAAGGUCAGUGUUUAGUUUACCCCACUAAUGCUUAUGGUUAAGACUUGGGAUGGAUGAGCAGAUUGCGUUCAUGUUCCUAGGGGUUACUUUUACUCAGAAUGUUUAUAAGACUCACUGCRGUUGUCUACCCAUAACCCAGUAGCACUAAGGGUUGUACAUUUUUAUCUAACAUAUGAUAGGAGCCAGCUCAUGUGUUGACUCUCCACUAAGUGGAAUCACGAUAAGAGGAAAGUGUCUUAUUUUUAAAGUUGGAGUUGAUGCAAACAUUUGGUUGAUUGGAUGACAUUAUAUGGUUUUAUAUUGUUUAUGUUGUCAUUUAUCUUUUUAGGUUUAGAGAUGUAACAAUUUACCUUUUCUUCUGUUGUGAUAUGUACAGUGUUUGCUUGCAUUUGAGUUAUCUCAAGUAGUGAGUGAUGGAACAUUGGGUAGAUGUGUCCAUCUCUGAAAGCUAAUUUCCACAAGUGUUUGUUAUUUUGCAACAUGAUCGGUUGCCUAUAGGACAAGGUUUUAUUUUCUAAUAGUUUUACAAACAGUUCAACAGACUUGCACUAGUGCUGCCUUGAAAUGUACAGUAUGUAAGCUUUUGAUACAAACUUUUGUGACUUAUCUUGGUUACAUUUGGAUCAUGAUAUCUUUGUGGUUUUCCUAGAGACAUUUUAUCAUUCAACAUUGCUGUAUGUGAUAGCUGUUACAUUCAGGUCCUGAUACUUUGAUGGAGACGUUGUUAUGCAAGCAUUCCAUUUUGUGCCAGCAACAAUGAAUCCUGAAUUGUAAUUUAUAUGAUUUAGCUGUGGAAAAUAUUUUAAGUUGUUUUAUCAUUGUAAAUAAAGUAAUUGUACAUAGGUAUAAAGUGUGCAUUUUCAUUAAGUGACUGUAUCGAAAGAGUAAUAAAGAGUUAAAAUGCUCUGCAUUAUAAAUAUCA